CUUUCCUUCCUGUAUGUGUUCUGUGAAAAAAAGGAAGGCGUUCAUUGAGCUGCUUUUAACGUUUAAACUCAUCAACCAGUUUUCAUGUAAAUACAGCCGAAGGCAUGCAGUCACAUAGACGCAAAGGUACAAUCUAACACUCCACGAGUGGAGUGGUUAACACCACUGUGUUCUGUCGACUGUUCCGGCUGCCUUUAGCUAUUUCCCAUUCAGUAUAGUUGACAUCAGCACAGUGAAGACGCAGUGAAGCUGUUCUCGCAAGAAGCCUGAAAAGGUUGUGUCAGUGACAGUAACCUCAACCAGUAGCACUGGUUUGACAUAAAGGACAUAAGGGGAGAUGAAGACAUGACGGACCCUGAAGUGUCUGUGCUGCUGCACUGUGCAGCCUGGAGGGGGCUGCUGGAGUCACGAGUGCAAGUGGAACUUUCUGAACGAUAUAACAGGCAGACAGAUGAUGCUGUAGAGCAUCACAUAGAAGAGGUGUGGAGGGAGCGGGUGUCCAGGGAGCCGUGGCUCUUCAAUGGGGCCAAAUUCAGACUUCACUCUUUCUGCUUCACCUCCUUAAAGUCGACCUCAUCAACAUGCUGUACUUCUCCCAAACAUCUGCCCUGCACCCAUUCAUGUGAAGUACACCAUCAGGAAGAUCAGGAAGAUAAAUUACCAAACUGCCAAAGACGAGAGGGCUUGUGGGGAUCGGGGGAUGCUGCUCAGAAGAGUUUGGACCUAAGACCAGGAACAGAAAACGUAGAAGGUGUCAUCCAUCAAAGUGUUGGUACACUGGACCAAGCUUCCUCACACUCCUCUAAAAACACAGAUGAUCCAGAGAGUGGGCCUCUCCUCACUCUGAGACUCGGCCUGACAUGCUAUAAGGACUACCUCGGAACCAACUGGUCCUGUCGAGUGGCAGGGCUCCGUCAGCGCGGAGAGGCAGAGUUCAAUGAUCCCAUGGUGAUGCUGUCUCAACCUCUGGGUGUGGGCGCCAUCCUGUGUACUAAUGACGGACAGGUGGUGAUGAUCAGGAGGAGCCAGAGGGUGGCAGAGGCGGGGGGACUACUGGACAUUCCUGGAGGCCACCCAGAGCCAAAGGCAGUGUGUGAGAGUCUAGGUCAGGCAGGAUGUGAGGAGAUCAGCAUGGCGAUGAUGCAACGGAGGCCGGAGGCCGUCGUCUCAGAGCUGUUUGCGUCUGUGUGCGCUGAGAUCAGAGACGAGGUGAAUGUUCCUCUGAGCUGCCUCGGACAGCCUGUCCUGAUGGGCGUCGCUCUGAAUCACACCAGCGCUGAAAGACCAAGCGCCGAGUUCUACGUCAGUUGCUCACUGACGUCUGAAGACGUCAGACAGUUGUACUGGAAAGGGGGAGCAGAGGCGCACGAGUCCACGGACAUCAUCUUCCUCAGCAGAGCAGAGGUGUUGCAGCUGGACAGGAGCUGUCCUCUGUGGUCAGAGCUGUGUCCUUCAGCUAAAGGAGCAGUGCUGCUUUAUCAGACUGUGAAGCCCGAUGGAGACUGAGACCUGACACAAACAUUUCUUUUGACAAUUGUGCUAUUAAAACAGUGUAAAAGUAAUGUUUUUAAUUAUUUGUAUAGU